AUGCCUGGGCUUCGACUUCAAACGGAGCGCCCGGCCCAGUUUCCAGCGGUGACUCUAUGCAGCCUGAACCCCAUCAACAACGAAGAGGCGCUCAGGAACGACUCCGUCUACGGCGCCUUCAUCGAAGUCCAGGAACAGAACACUGUGGCUGAGUGUACCGGCCUUAAAAAUGUCAGCGAUGAUCCACUGGCAGAUGAAAUAUGCGAAGACUAUUGCGACUUUGUGACAGUUAACGAUUAUGACGACAUGAGCAACGGUACCCACAAUGACAGCUCCACCACCUCGUUCUCGACUGGCACAGCGCAAGCAUCCACAACAACAUCAACGCCUCUCCUUUCGCAGACUCAGAGUUUAACUGCCGAGCUCGCAGACGAGUCUACGCUCAUGCACAUAGACGAUGCGUUGAUGCGGUUGAAGUGCAGCUUCAUCUACCAGUAUCAAAUGAGGCACGAGUCCUUGCACAUCUCCAUAUUUGCCACUGAUAAUGGCCCUGAAAGUUACGUCACCAGCGAACUGGUCAAAGAGGUUGGGGAUCUACGAUUUUGUCCGCAAAUUGAGCAGUGGAAUGCAAAGGCUGUCACCAUUCGUUACAACCGAGCCUGUAAAAAAGAAGUUUAUGAAGACGCUCUAGGAAACUACACUGGCAUCAAUACAGUUUUCAAGGAGACCCGCAUCAACCAGACUGAGCGAGUGGAGUUUUCCUGUGAUCCCGGAUGGUUGUACUCUUCUCAGGAUAUAUGGCUGGAAUUGGAAAAAAAUGAGAUGACUGAGAAGCGACUAAAUUCCCUCGGGGCGCUUCGCCCCCGACCGUGA